AUGGCGGACUACAGCAAGCAGACGGUCGCGCAACUGCGGCAGCUGUUGAAAGAUCGGAGUAUACCGAGUACCGGCCUGACACGCAAAGCGCAAAUAAUCGAGAAGCUGGAAGAGGCAGAUGCUGCUGAAAUCUCAAAUUCUACUGAACUUCCCAAUGAGAUGGUCGCGAGUGCCGAAAAUGCAGACGCGCCGCCUAAUCCGGUGGAGCAGGUUAAGGGAGAAGUUGGCCAAGACGAGGAUGUUCCUGGACCUGCGCUUUCUGAAGCUGGAGAACCAGCGCAACCAAACCACGAAACCGAGUCGAACCCCCUACCCGUACCCGCAGCAACCACGGAUACCCUUCCCGAGACAAUUUCGCACAUUGACAGCGAUUUCCCCCCACCAGAUCAGAUCAAGGCGAUAGAGGAGCCUAUGGAAGACACCACCAAUGCGGAGGAACCUGGCUCGAUACAACCCGCGGGAGUCUUUAAUGCGCCGCCCGCGGAUCCCAUUGGUCCAACCGUCACUGAGCCUACCGACGCAGAAGUUGAGGACGUCAAAAAUGUCGAAGUUGCAGAAGAUAAGCUGCCAGAUGCUCCAGGACCGGCUGCUGAGGCGUUGCGAAUGGUGCAGCCACCAUCUGGACUCCCUGAAGACUUGCAAGACACGACAAUGGAUGAGAGGACAGCUUCACCUGUACCCAAUGAGCAGCAAUCGGUAGAGAAGACAGAAUUACUCGCCAUUCUAGAGCCUCCGACGGUUGACACAUCGAGGCUGAACACAGAGGAGCUAGAAGCAGACUCAAAGAAGAGAAAGAGGAGGAGCGACACACCUGAGAUGGCAGCUGAGGACAUCAAAGCAAAGAAGCACAAGCCAAUUCAGGAACCGGCGCCUGAAGUUCAUUUGCAGGAAGACGAAGACACAGUUAUGGAGCAAAGAAGACCGGACGAAGAGGCCGACACUUCGCCAGAUGUCAAGACACACGAAACGAACGGCAGUCACGACCUACCAGUCGAGGAAGAGUCGCCAGCUGUGGAAACUGACACAAGGCGCGAGAAAAAGGAAAAGUCUGCUCGAUACAAAGAUCUGGUGAAGACCAGCGAAGACGACACACCCCAGGAAGCCUUGACAGACGACAGACCCACAGUACCCGCACUCCAUCCUGUGACAUCUGCUCUAUACAUUCGCAACUUCAUGCGCCCUUUGCGUCCGGAGCCACUACGAGCACAUCUAGUUUCUCUUGCUUCCCCGCCAUCUAGCUCAUCAGACCCGACACUAGUUGAGGAACUUUUCCUCGACGCGCUCAAGACGCAUGCUCUCGUUUUGUUUAGCAGCAAGACCGCUGCAUCACGAGUACGAGCUUCGCUACAUGGCUCUAUCUGGCCACCGGAGGGUAACAGGAAAGAGUUGUGGGUAGACUUCAUUCCUGACGAAACUGUGAAAGACUGGAUCAGAGAGGAAGAGGACGCGUUGGCUGCGGAGAAAGAAGCUCGUGCAAAUAAACAGCCGACUAACCCCAAGCGAUUUGAGGUCGUAUACUCCGAGUCAAGCGACGGUUCAAUUACAGCCGUCUUCCAAGAAGUCGGUUCAAGCGCUCCCGCAAAUGCACCACGAGGCCCACGCGCAAGUAUAGACGUACGAAGGCCCUCCACGCAACAUGCACCCACGCCGUCACUCCUGACAGCCUCAUCAAAAGAUACGCGGCAAGAUACUGAAGCUUCGUUCAAAACACUCCACGACCUGUUCAGCGCUACAGAGGCGAAACCUCAACUCUUCUACUUGCCUGUUUCAGACGAGAUCUCUGAUCUGAGACUGAAGGAAUUGGAUGCCGAGACAAGCAGAGACUGGGCACCUGGCGAGACGAGGAAAGGACGGGGUAUUAAGGUUGAGAUGAAGUACAAGUACAGUUUCGAUGACGACGACAGGAUCGUCGAGGUUGGCGAAGAACGCGAUGAGGGUUAUAGAGGCGGCAGAGGUGGUGGUGGCUUCAGAGGGAGAGGGCGAGGUGGAAACAGGGGAAGAAGAGGAGAUUUAUGGAGAGGAUGA